AUGCCCACUGCCAUGCGUCUGAUUGGUUCUUCCAACACAGCCAACCGGCGACAUCGUCUGCAUCUGAUUGGUCAGGCUGGCGGGCGGGUAGGGCAGGUCGGAUGUGCUUCAGGGGUGGAGUUGCUCCGACCAGGGAAGGCUGAUGAUGAGGCAGAAAGAGAGAGAGAAAGGAAGGAAGAGCGAGAUGAGGCUUAUUCGUUCCAGAACGGAUCAGAUGGCCCAUCCCAAUAUCCAGUACAGUUGCGUCUUAACGACAUGACGACGGCUGAUGGAGAAGAGGAGCGUUGGCUUUCACACCUUAAGUUCUUCAUCGUCUGGGCAAUCGAGUGA